CUUGAUAGUGAAGCCGUGUGUUGCAAUGAGGUCUGCUGAUAAGACUGACCAACCAGGGUAGAGAUCUAUAACACUGGGGCAAAAGGCUCCGGAUUCCCACCUAGAUUCUCUAUAUGGUUGUCCCUCCUCUGAAGACAGGACUUCCAAAGAAUCUGUACAACAUGUACCUGCCCUCGCUACCACCCAAGGCCUUCUUGACUUUCUUUGGCUUCCUGUUCCUAUGCCAUGGAUCGGAAGGGGGCUUGCUGCCCAUGGCAAAUCCCGGUGGAAAUGCUUCUGAAGACCACCCGCCAGCUUCCAAUGCCACCUCUGAUCCUCUCCGCAUCUUCCUGAGCUCCAUCUCCCCCAAAUCCCCCCAUUUGCCCGAAAAGGGGGUUUCCUGUGAGGACCUGGUGCCUGAAGCCCUGGAAGGUUUUGCUAAGCUUCGCAAGCAGCCCCAGACCCUUAUCCGAGCUGCCUUAGCGCUGACCUUGCAACGGGCAGGCUGCAGUUGGCAUGCGGAGACCCUCAUCCUGCGCCUCUACAAGGAGUUGGGACAGAAAGAUACGGAUGAUCUCCUGUUUGCGAUGGCCGGCACUCUGAACACCACUCGUUCCCCUGGUCAGAGGAAGAGCAGCGCUGCCUUGAGAUUCUUCUUGGGCCUGCAGGCACCAAGACGGGUCCGGCACUGCCAGGAUCUGGUGCCGGUGAAUGGGUCCUUCCUGCACGGCAAAGCAUACAGAGUCUACCGGGGCUUUGGGGUAGCUUCCAGAGCCUGUUACCACCUACGGGAUUAUUGUGCCGGAGUGUCCUCUAACGGUAGCAGUUUGUUCCGUGUGGUGGCACGAGAGGGCAGCUACCUCUUGCCCCAGCGUGGCGCCUAUUCCUGGCUCCGUAGGUGCCAGGGGCCUGCAAGAUACCAGCGAUCCACCCGGGACGACUGUGCUAGUGAGACGGAGCAACAAGUACAUGCAGUCGUGAACUGGAUUCCUGGGGUCAGCACCUUCUACAACCUUGGAACCACCAUUUACUUUGCUGCCAAGGACUGCAAGGAGCUUGCAGAGGAACGUGGUAUAGAUACCCUUGUAGAUGUCGGCCAGGAUACAUUGUUCGCUGUGACAGGCGGGGCAGGCAGCGUUUUUGGGAUGGGGAUUUCUGCAGCCCUAAAGCCAGCAGUCCGAAGCGGUGUGCAUUCUUUGAUACGCUACUUCCGAGAGAAGGAUGAGCCUUAUCCUGUCCCCCCCAAUCACUCGGGCCCUGUCACCGUCAUCUAGUUGCAACUGUCGUAAGAGAAACCAUGGGCAGAGAGGGGAGUUGGGGAAUGACCCUGCCCUAUAUCUUUGUUUGCUUCGUAUUCUGCAUUUUACAUGCUACCUGAAUGUAAAAGAAUGUGCUUAGGGCUUCAAGAAUGUUUCUUUUUUACUUGCAGUUCCAAGAAAAUGUAUCUUUCUAUUUGUAUAUCUUCACCCUGUAUCUUUUUAAGAAGUGUUUUUCUUGCACUAGAAAAUGUAACUAGAAGGAUGAAACCAAAGAUUUUAUAUUCCCUGUUGCGUGACUUUGCAUCGCUGCAUACUUGAUCUGUCAAUAUUUUUAUCUUCUGCCGUUCAGGAACUGUCAAAAUACCUUCUAGCACCACUGCGCCACCUACUGGGUCUACAGAUAACACCGUGAAUACACACAAAAUGAAGUGGGCAUGCACACGAAAGCUCAUACCAAGAACAAACUUAGUUGGUCUCUAAGGUGCUGCUGGAAGGAAUUUUUUAUUUUAUUUUGUUUGAACAUAAAACCAGUUUCAUUAAUAAAAGUAUUGUAAAGAUUUCCGUAACAGUAUGCAGAACGGAACUUCACACCAACACUGAUAACCAUUUCCCAAAUAUCCUGCCAUGUAAUCUGCAUAUUGAUCACCCCAAAACUCCGGAAUUCCUUCCUGAAAAUGAAGCAAAAACAGAACUGCUGGAAAGGAAAAACCACCCAACACCUUUUGUUCCCAACCUCAAAGCGGGCAACAUCUCCAUUAACACCACCCAAGAUCUACAAACAUCCUACUUAUCUUAUGUUAAUCCUCUCUUCGCGGCAUUUCUGUCAUUUUUCUGUAUCAUUGAUCUGUAUGGAAGUGAAAAGGUAUAUACUGUAAGGCAGUUCUUUUGUUCCGGGUUCUCACUCCGUCUUUCUGUAUGUGAGCGGGAACCGUGUUGCAACAGUUUUCUGUUCUUUUAAAAAUAAAAAUCAGACUUUGCUU